GGGGCGGCGCUACUUCGGUCAUUACGGAAAAUGGCUGGCCGCUGAGGCUUUGUGGAGGCGCCGCUAUUCCCACGAUUAGGGCCCGCUCUAGUCGGGGCGGCUGCUUGGACUUUGCUGAGCGCGGCCUUGCUGGCGAGAUGGCGGCCGAGAUCCACUCGCGGCCUCAAAGCAGCCGGCCGGUCCUGCUGAGCAAGAUCGAGGGGCAUCAGGACGCCGUCAGUGCUGCGCUCGUUAUCCCCAAAGAGGACGGCAUCAUUACUGCCAGCGAGGACAGGACAAUUAGAGUAUGGCUGAAGAGAGAUAGUGGACAGUAUUGGCCCAGCAUCUACCAUACAAUGUCAUCUCCUUGUUCAACUAUGGCUUAUCAUCAUGACAGUAGACGAAUAUUUGUAGGCCAAGAUAACGGAGCCAUUAUGGAAUUUCAUAUUUCAGAAGACUUUAAUAAGAUGAAUUUUGUCAAGACUUAUCCAGCUCACCAGAACAGAGUGUCAGCAAUCAUUUUUUGCUUGGAAGCAGAAUGGGUGAUUAGCACUGGCCACGAUAAAUCUGUCAGUUGGAUGUGUACCAGAAGUGGAAAUAUGUUGGGAAGACACUAUUUCACUUCCUGGGCAUCUUGCCUACAAUAUGACUUUGAAACCCAGCAUGCCUUUAUCGGAGACUACUCUGGACAGAUUACUCUAUUGAAGCUAGAACAGAGCACGUGUUCAGUGAUCACAACUCUCAAGGGUCAUGAAGGAAGUAUUUCUUCUUUGUGGUGGGAUCCUGUUCAGCGAUUACUCUUCUCUGGAGCGUCUGAUAAUAGCAUAAUCAUGUGGGACAUUGGUGGAAGAAGAGGUCGGACCCUGCUUCUUCAAGGUCAUCAUGACAAGGUGCAGGCCCUCUGUUACCUCCAGCUCACACGACAACUGAUUUCUUGUUCAGCAGAUGGAGGGAUCACAGUCUGGAAUAUGGAUGUUAGUAGAGAAGAGGCCCCACAGUGGUUAGAAAGUGAUUCCUGUCAGAAAUGUGAGCAGCCGUUUUUUUGGAAUAUAAAGCAGAUGUGGGAUACAAAGACCCUGGGUCUGAGGCAGCAUCACUGUAGAAAAUGUGGUCAAGCAGUAUGUGGCAAAUGCAGCACGAAACGCUCCAGCUAUCCUAUAAUGGGCUUUGAAUUCCAAGUCCGGGUUUGUGACUCUUGUUUUGAGUCUGUCAAAGAUGAAGAUCGUACCUCUUUGGCAACUUUUCAUGAAGGAAAACACAACAUAUGCCAUAUGUCCAUGGAUAUUUCAAGGGGACUUAUGGUGACAUGUGGAAGUGAUCGUGUAGUAAAGAUUUGGGACAUGACACCAGUAGUGGGUUGUAGCCUUGCAACUGGAUAUACUUCCCGUUGAUCCGGGCUUUCCAGAAUAGUAUACUGUAUGCAUCAAGUGGAUAUCUUCCUUUUCCUACUCCUGCCACACAUGCCAGCUGCUUGACUUUGAGAAUAUCAUUUUCCUAAGAUAGACAUUUUCGUUUAGGGCUUACAAAGAAUGGUGGAAGUUGAUGGCCUGUGGAAUGAACAGUAGGAAGGUUUACAUACAACAAAAUAUCCGGUCUAGGAAGACCACUCAUAGCUUGAUUUUACUUGUAGCAUUCAGUGUGCUUUCUCUGCUGAAAUGAUAUUGUACUGUGGCUAAGGGUUAAAAUGAGUACAGUAUACUGUAGUGACAACAAAACAUGUUCAAAAUAGCAGUAAUAUAUUCUUUGUAAACUGUCCCGGUAGACUAGUUUUGUCUUAUGAAUAGUCACUAUGAAUAAUGGUGCACAGACUUUGAAUAUAACUUUGCCAGCAGGAGGGAAAACAUUUCUUUCCCAGCAGCAUUGCAAUAGGGGUGGGGGCAUUGAUAGUGUGUUUUGGACUGUUUUGUUUCUCUGUUACAUUUGAUGUUGUUCCAGUUUUAAAUUGUCUAUUGCAGAAGGGGUGGAUAGAUCCCUGGCAAAACACUAAAAAUGGUUUCAAUAAUGGCUGAAGCUAAAUGAGGGAUUUGAAUCAUACUUUUUGUAUGUAGUAAAAUGGUACAGUUGAGGUUUGGUGAAAUAGACAGUAAAGGUAUGUUGAACAAAAGCCUGAUUUGUGGUGUACAGGUAUCAAAGUUCUCUAAAGCCAGUUCCAAAUCAGAUUUUUAGUUCAGUUUCAGCAAUAACUACAAUUGUACCAGAAAAGCUUGCAUGUGGACUGCUGCAAGUAAAAAUGGUAGGAAUAAGCAAAUUUAAUAAACAGAUAGAUACAUAAUUAAGUGAAAUAACGGGAAAAUGUGUACAUUAAAAUUUGUCAUUAUUUUUGAAAAGUACUUUUGUUAUAGUAUAGAGUUUUAAAGAGAAAUGGUAGGUUGCGGUUCUUUUCAUUUUGAAGGUUAAAUUGUAUUACUAAAUGUACCUUUAUAAAAUCUGGUGUAGAAUCAACAUCAAUGAAGUUAAAUAAUUGCUAAUUAAAACCGAUGGGAAACAUUUGUUUCAAAGUGUUGCACAAAUAGACUGUUCAAUCUGUCCUCCAAUUAAAACUAUUUUUUGUAUGCAAAUAGUGUAAUCAGCCACUUCUUUUAGGGGAUAUUUAAAAGUAAGUGAAGAAAAACUGCUUUUCCAUCUUUCUCAAAGAAAGUUGUUUUAGGUUAAUCAUGAAGCUAUAUCAUCAUGUUAAAAUGUAAGCCCCAAAGAAUUCUUUUUUAAAAAAAAAGUCUUCAUUAGGGCAAUACAUAUGAGGAAGGGAAUUAUAUAACCUGAGGGAUUAUCCCAUGGUAAAUCAGUAUUAGUGUUGGUAAGUCAUAUAAGAUGGGUAUAAUCAAUGUUAUUGUUAUUGAGUUAUUGCUCCUAAACCUCUUUGAUAAUAAUUUUAAUGGAGGGACAGAGAUCAAAAUGAAAGAACCGAAUAUUUCAGCAAUAUCACUAUACAAAUAAGAUAAAUCAUUAAAUGAUUUUGUUAGAAUUAUUACAUUAUUCUACUUACCUGCCUUAUUAUACUGUAUAAAAAGGAGAACUUUAACCUGUUUGAAUUAAACCAGAAUUAAUUAUUUCACCUCAGUGUCCCAUCUACAGUGAAAUGUAAAUCUGGGUUAAGAAAAGCAUCACCUUACACAAAAGCAUUUGUAUUUUUCCUCUCUAACCCUCUUAAUAUUCUCUUAAACUUAGGAUAACCUGCUGGUGCCAGAGAACAAUAUUCUCAGGUCUCAAUAUUUCUGCAUAUAGAGGAGACCGUCUACUAUUUUCAUCUGUUAAUUGUACAAAUUGCACAAAAAUACACUGAAAUAUUUGACAGUUCCACUCAAAAUUAUCCAUCACUAUUUUGCCAGAUUUGUUCCAUUUGAAUAAUUUACUAGUUGGGAAUAAGGUAGAUAGCAAAUAUUAAUAUUAAAGUGGACGGUUCAAAUAGAUACACAAAGAAAUGUUGGCAAAACAUUAUAUUGUUUCUAUAUCCAAUGUUGAAGUUCUUCUGAUAAGAUAUAGAACUGUAAAAACUCUGUUGCUUGCUUUGGAUAUAAAUUGCUUUUGUGUGUGGGGAAGAGAAUAAGGAUUAUGCUGUACUUGGUAACAAAAUUGGCCCUGUAUUCUAAAUGUGCAAUCAUUCAGAUUUGACAUAUUUACUUUGUUUUUCCCCCUGAAACCUUUCUUCAUGGGGAAACCAGAAGGACUAAUGUAUUUUUGUCUGAUGACCCUAUUCUCGUGAAACAUUGUAUCUUUCAUUAUCUGAGAAACUGUUAUUACUGUUUGUUGUUCUCUUUUGUCUUAAAAAAAUGAAAAAAAGCUUUGACUAUUGUAUAAUAAAAAUAUUUCCUGUAAAUUUUGGUUCUUUAUUCAUAACCUGUAGGGACUUUUCACUGUACACUGUGUGCAUCAAGUGUAAGGAGUAAGGAAAAAGUAACUAAAGAAAUUCAGAAAUUGUAAAAAUUUCCUAAUUUAAGGAACUUCUGUUACUCUGGAAUUUGGAUGAGACUUGCAAGUUGUAUGUUUAAGCAAUGGCAGGAAAUCAAGUCCUUCAAACUAUUGGCUGGCAUCUGGGAUAUUUCCGUGCUAGGCAAUAGGAAUAGCAAGCUUAUCUAUGCCAGAGGUUCCAUAUAGUAAUAAUAAUAAAAAAGCUGAUGAGGAAGAAAAAUCUAUAGCGGACAUAGUAAAUUGCAGUCAUAAAGGAAAACUUCGAAGACAUGCAAAUUGAAACCGGCAAGUCUAGAAGCACACAACCAUUAUUGUGCCAAUAAGACACAAGGCAGCUAGGGGAUGUUUCCUCAAAUAGGGAAUUUGCAAUACCUCUUCGUCCUGUUUUUACCAUACCUUUCCCAGUUUUAUUCUCUAAUCACAUGAAAAUUAUGAUCACACAAGAACUUUGGAGGAGUUGUCAGAAGUCCACCCAAGGCUUUGUGAGGCCAUAUGCAGUCCUGUGCCUUGGAUUGCAUUUAUCCCAAUUUAAACUGACUCAUUUUCAUGGACAGCUGAAUAAGAGUGGGAGGGAUUUUUUGUAUAAAUUGAAAGAAGCUUUUUCAUUUGUUCUGUAAUUAAAUGGGAUAUUUUAUUCCAGGCAAAAAGGAUUUGAGGAGGAGCAAGGGAAAAAUAGCAAGAAUAUAAGUGACUGAGAGGAAGGCCAUAGGAAGAUCAGUGGCCAAAGACACAGAGAAAAGAAGGUAUUUGGAAGAUAGGAGUGGAUUCAUGGGAGUUGUCCUGCUGGGGCGUGGACAGUAAUGACAACUGAGAACAGGGAAGACAUUAGGAAGAUGGGGGAGGGGAGAGAGAGUCAUGAAAUAUGCUGCACUGGGAAAUGUUAAGGAGACUCCAAACUACCAAUGUCUAGAUUUUUUUUUUCUUCACUCCAAACCCAUAUCAGCAAACAUUCCAGGUUUGAGUUCUGCCAAACUGUAAAAGAGGCCAAACAAACUAAAAACAACAGAAUCUCCAAUUUUGUUUCAGGUCAGAAGCAAAGUAUUUUUUCCCCAAUAGAUGCAGUUCCCUAAUAGAUAUUCCUUUAACAUUACUACAUGGCAUGUAAGAAGUGGUUGGAAUUUAUGGCCUGAAUGCUCCCCCACCUUUAUCUACUUGACUGUGAGUUUAAGUAAAUAGGAAGUUUGCCUGCCACAAAGCACCAGCUCCAAUGCUGUUUUUAUUUUUCAUAAUGAAUUUGGGUUCCAGAGUUAUCACAGGCAUUCUUAAACAAAAAUAAAAUUGGUGGCUGGUUGAAAUUCCAUGCUUUGUCUGAAAAUGGGUGCAACUAGCUGAAAAGUAUGUGGAGUGGGGGUAGGGAGAUAAGCUAAGGUAGUUGUGAGCAUUCUGUGAAAUAGAGUAAUCUGACAAGCUUGUUUGCUUUUUUGCAUUAAGUAGCAACUAUUUUAAUAACCUCUCAAAGUUUCAAACAUGCCCACCAGCCAAAAGGUUGCUUAGUAAUGCAGAACAGUUUCAGCUAUUUUUAAAAUGAAAGGAAUGAAAAAGAACACUUUCAAGAAGGAAAUCAAGUUCAACUAGAAUAUCUGGAACUGCUUGGCUUUAAAAAAAUAACAUUUAAUUUGAAGCAAAACCUUUUACCUUAACAGGCUUGGCCAUGUGGCAUAAGCCCAAAUAAAAUACAGUUGUUAUUUUGCACUUAUCAGAUGAAUUGUGCUAAGUCCACACACAAAUUGAACUGGCAAACCCCUGAUUGUUUAUGUUAUAGAGAAUCAUAACAGACCUUCUUGCAUUUGCUAAUAUGUUUUUGAAAUACCACUAACUGGAUACCCAAUGCAACAGUAAAAAAUAUAAUAUAGUUAAUCACUUAGGAUGAUUAUCUUCACAAAAUGAACAAAAUAUAAAUAUAUUUCAGUUUCCAUCAUUUCAGCAGGUUUAGGUAAUAAUCAAGGGACUAUGGGAAUUGUAACCCCAGGUUACCAGAUUCCUUACUCCUACAAUUUAAUAGUUAAAUUUCAGAUUUAAAGCAAUAAUCAAGUGUCCAUAAUAUAUUAUAGUUCUUUAUUGGCAAAAUCGGGACUUUUGAAAUAGUGAAUGUUUGUAGGAUUACAUUUGGAAAUUUCUCAGUUAUGUGCAUUUUUUUUCUAUGAAGCUGGUUCCAGAAAUAUUGGUCCCCUCUUAAAAAGUCCCCAUUUUUGGAAUUUGCCAACUUAACUUUUUUGACUAUAACUUAUGUUGCUGGAUUGGGCCCCUGGGCCACCUAGACCAAGGUCUGCUGUCCUAUGGCCAGCCAAUUGCACAAGGAAGCUCUCUAUAGUCUAGAUAGUAGAUAGCCUUCAGAAGCAUUCACAAAGCCAUAAAAACUAAUAGCCUUUGAUCCUCAUUACCUCCAGGAAUUCGUCCAGCUCUUUUAUGAAGCUAGGACUAGGCUAGAACUACCAACGAGAAACUCAGGUAACAGUCUUAAAGGUUAAAGCAGGUGUACAUGGGUAUCAGGAAAUACAUCCCAGGAUGCAAACUUUAAAUUAUCUCUCAAUGUCUGGAGCAGGUACCUGCACCUGCAUUUCUCUCUCCCGCUUAUCCUCGCCCUGGAACUAAAUCGAUCCUAUACAUUUUAUCCUGCUGUUCAGCCGACAAGGGAAAUUAAGACUUCAGAAAUGGUUUAUUACACUUCCUGAAAAGGAAAAGAAAAAAGUCACCCGAGAAAUUGUGCAGAUUAUUCUGGCUCGAAAUCAAAAAAUGAGCAGCUUUGUUGACUGGAAAGAUCUCAAGCUUGUUUACAAAAGACAAUGGAAGAAUAUAUGAGCAAGCCUGCCUUUUAAAUCAAAACUAUAGAACCAGCUAAAGGGACCAUGUAAUAUGGCAUAACAUCUCUUAAGUGCCAGAUUUUGCUUAAAAUACAUAUUCCCCAAAGUUCUAAAAGUGAUAUGUUAUCUAUGCAACUGUCAAGAUGAAGGUCAGCCACAGUGCUGUAAGUAUAGCAGCACAUGUAUAUUAUAUUUUCUUUGAGUUUAUUUUAAUUUGGCUGUCUAGAUUGAAAGUUUUAUGGCAAAUCUUACUAUAACUUUUUACUCUAAGAAAUUGAUACUAGAAUCUUUGAAGGAUAUAUUUAUGACUUUGGACCAGUUUCUGAUCAAUUCAAUAUAAUUUUGUAAAAA